CAAGGAUGUUCGCCAAAGAACUAGCAGGGCGUCCUUGACCUAUUUGCACGGGCGUGCAGUUCAUUGUGUGAUGGGCGAGGAGUCAGAUUCCGAUGAUGAAGAGGUGGAGUCGUGCUGGAAUGCACUUUGCUCUGGCUUCAAGUUAUGCUCGGGGAACUGCGAGCUCGGCAAGGUGCUUCUUGCAUCUGGCUUGCAAAUGGCUUCUGUGGCGCUGCCUGAAACCUUUGUCUUUGCGUUGCUUAGAGCGCGGAUUUGGGGAAAUAACAUGUCGAGCUACAUGGCCUAUGCAGCAAUCGGCAUCAACUCAGUUGCCGUAAUCUUUGGCGGACCUUUUGGCCGCUUCAGUGACUGCGUGGAUCGUCGCUUGGCUGCUGCGGUUUUUGCCAUAGGCACCUUUGCCCCAACAUGGUCGCUGUUGAUAUUUGGGCACACGACUGCGAAGGCACUUUGGAUAAGUACCGUCAUCAAGGUAGUGGGCUCCUAUGGUUUGACGAGCAACGUCAUGCUGGCGCUGAUCAAUGAUGUCACACCUGCAGAGGAUCGGGAAGAGGCUGUGGGCGCAUACUAUGCUGCCAACAACCUCAUGAGUUUGACGAUGACGGGAAUCCCGGUGCUUCUCGUUCUGAUCCUUCGGGUGGUGCCCAAUGUCCCGACCAUUUUCCUGAUUGCUCAGGUGGUGUUGAGCGGCCUGUGCCUGCUGCUGCUCUCUUCAGUAAGGAUAAAGAGCAACGAACGGCCUGAGCAGGAGGAUGGUAGCAGUGACAGCGAAAGCGGGUUGGUGAAGUCACAGAGGCUGUGUUGCAAGCCCUCUGCUGCCAGAGAGGUACCUCAGAGCGGAAGCUGCGUGAGCGCCAUGAGUCACCGAAUGCGGAGAAUAGCAAGGCAAUUCAUCAUGCCUGUUCGCUUGGCCUGUGGGAACCGGCGUCUAAGACGCUUGUGGUGCUGUGGCUUCAUGCUGAUGU